GAGGGUCGUCAAGUCACACAAAGGACGACCCCUCGUGGUCUGGAGUGAAAUCUCGUUGUGGCUCUUUUGAGAGCAUUGUACAUCCACUCCGCCUGCCUCUCUGGUCCUGCUCACUACAAUAGCCAGGCUCGUGUGAAGGAGCUGCCUCUCUCGGCUCAGACAGACGCGCCUCAGAGCAGCAGCCGCGCAUCCACUGACUGGCAUCCAGACGCGCAUUCCGGAAUACGAGGCAAUUCUGAGUCAAAGGUUCAUGUGGCAUUUGAAGCAGCUCUCUGGGGUCGCUGUCAGUCUCUGUGGAUUCCUGUCUCUAGAAGAGCCCAGACCCCCAUCUUCCUCCUCGGCCUUGGUUCCAACUCACGAUCUCUGUCACACGACAAGUCACUCCUCGUCCGCCUGCCCAAUUUCCAGCUCCGAACUCUGUUGAGAUGGACACCGAGUCGACCCACUCCGGCUACUCCAGUCGCUCGGGGAGAUCAAACCGCCAUGGGGAACGUACCCGCGACAGACACAAAGGCGGCAGCAGCAAAGACAGCAGUCGCUCCGAGAGAUCUGUGGUGAUCAACCCACCCGACACGCCGUCCCAGGACUCCCCCGUUCACAACGAAGAGCCGCUUCCCGGAGAGCCGUCAGCAGCAGCGGAUCCUGGAGACGAAACCCAGGAUGAUAACUGGGGAGAAACCACAACAGCUGUUACAGGAACAUCUGAGCUCAGCAUCUCCCAAGAGGAAGUGGUUGGCCUUGGAAAAGAGAUACAGGAUCGAACACAGGGCUUCCGGCGAUAUCUCCCCCUGGCUGUGGGCUCCUGUGUGGGUCUGCUGGUGCUGGCCACACCCUUGGUCUUCCUGCUUCUUCCAGUCGUAAUGUGGCCCGACAGACUGCAGGCUUGCGGUGCAGCUUGCGAGGGACUCUUUCUCUCUAUCUCCUUCAAAAUCCUCAUCCUCCUGGUUGCUGUUUGGGCCUUGUUCCUGAGGCCGAGCCGGGCCUGCCUGCCCAGAGUGUGUGUGUAUCGGGCCUUUCUCACCACUCUCACAUUGCUGCUCACCAUGUCCUACUGGCUUUUCUACGGGGUCCGGAUCCUAGAUGCACAGGAUGAAGAUUACCACGGUAUCGUCCAGUUUGCCGUGUCUCUGGUGGACUCCCAGCUGUUCGUUCACUACCUGGCAGUCGUACUGCUGGAGCUCCGUCACCUCCGACCCUGCUACAGCGUGUGCGUCAUCCGCUCCACAGACGGAGAGACACGCCACUACAACAUUGGACAGCUGAGCAUUCAACGAGCUGCUUUGACCAUCCUGGAAUAUUAUUACAGAGACUUUCCAUUGCACAACCCUGCCCUGCUCUCUGCCUCUAAACACAGAACUGCCAAACACCUGGCUGGGCUAAAGGUCUACAACGUGGAUGCCCCAGGGGGUACGGCUGCAGCUCAGCCCAGCAAUGGAAAUCAGUCACGGCCCAUGGUUACACCUGCCACCAAACGCAAAGACAACGCGCACAGUGAGCUAUACUAUGAGGAGGCAGACUAUGAGAGGAGAGUCCGCAAGCGAAGAGCCAGGCUGGUGGUCGCCGUUGAGGAGGCCUUCACACAUGUCCGGCGCAUGAAGAAAGAAGAUGAGAACGCAGCACCGUCUGACAUCAUGGAUGUCCGAGAAGCCGCUCUGGCCGUAUUUCCCUCAAUGGCUCGUUCCCUGCAGAAAUACCUCCGCACCACCAGGAGGCAGCACUGCCACAGCAUGGAGAGCAUCCAGAAGCACCUGGCUUUUUGCCUAGUGAAUAACAUGAGUCCUAAGGCCUUCCUUGAGGCAUACCUCGCUCCCGGUCCGACCCUGCUGUACGGUCCCGAGCGCUGGAUGGCCGAUCAGUGGACUUUGAUCAGCGAAGCUUCAGUCACCAGCGGCAUUAAGGAGGGAACAGAGUUCCUGUUGAAGUGUCUUGAUUUUAGUUUAGCAGUCACAGUCAAAGGCAUCCCUUACAUCCGUUUGACUGAAGAGUACAUUGACCCCAAAUCUCAUAAAUUUAUACUGCUGCUCCAAUCAGAAACAUCUGUUUAAUAGUGACGCAUUGCAGCGGUGCUGCUGCUCUGUAAAACGCAGAACUUUUGCAGUUGUCCAGCUGAAUUUUUCCAAGAAAAACAUUUUGUACCGUUUUUGUACUUAUGCGUGUUGUUUUUCAAAUUGAUAUGUUGUAGUCAUCGUGACGGACUGGAAUGAGGAUGAAGGGUUGAAAAGUAUUUCUUUCUGAAAACAUUUGCAAGGCUCACUUUAGUUAUACCUCCAUGCACUACAAAUGACAUCUGCAGUGCCUCUGAAAAGCAUUACUGUUGAACUUUUUAACAUUUUGUAAUAUUUUAACCACAAAUUCCAGUUUAUUUCAUAGGGAUGUUUUGCAGCAGGUAGAAUAUUGCACAAUUAUUAUAUGAAAUUAAAAGAAUACAUGGCUUUCAAUUUUAGCUAAAUGCAUUUGAAGUCAUAACCACUCAGUAAGUAGUGUACAUUGCCCAAACAUCUUCUGUUGAAUAUAAAAAUGCAAAUAUUUUGCAGUGUGUCUUCACAGCUCGGCACAUUUGGGAAAUUCUUACUUCUUCAAACUAGCUCAAGUUCAGUCAGACUGGAUGGAGAGCAUCUGACAAAAGCAAUUUUCAUAUCUUGACACAAAUGUACAUUUUAGAUUUAAGUCUGGAAUUUGACCAGGCUAUUCAAAGCAUAUGGAAAUAUAUUUCAGAACAACUAAAUUCCACCAAAAUAUCUUACAUUUUGUGGUUAUACCGUGAUGAACUGUGGAAAAGUUCAAGGGAUGGACUUAUUUUUAUGCCUCUGUUUUCCCUUGGUCAGUGUGCACCGAUGUGCUGUAGGAAAGUUUCAGAAUUAGGACAAAAGAGGGAUUACAGCUUGUUCACAGCUUUUUCAUAGAGGUUCACAUUGGAGUCUGUCUUAAGCAAUUCAAUAUAAAGUUCAUUCUUUUUACCAGAAACUUAUCACUGUCAAAAGAUUUUGGGUCAUCUCUCAUUAGAAGCCGCACUAUUUGUAAUCUUUUAAUGUGCUUGUGAUAAAUUCUUGCGUAGGGUUUUUGAAGGCUUUUCGAUGUUCUUUGAAGUUUAACUGUUUUUCAAAGUCCAAAGGAAAGUUUUGAAGGAACAUCUGAGAGGUAUUUAUCAAGGCAACCUUAAAAGAUCACCCCUUCCUGAAAAGGAAAAUGUAAAAAACGUGUGGUUGUUUGAUACUUUUGCACAGUGCUUUUCUCCUUUUUAACAGUAGCAGUUAUUAUUUAUCAUCACCCUGUAUUACAGAUGUAUGUACAGUAUUUAUAUGUAAAUAUGCUUUAUCCCAUUUAACUUUUUGUACAAAAUUGUGCAUUGAUUGCUUGAAAACAUUUUUCUUUUGGGAUUUUUUUUACCAGUUUGUUUAUAUAUGGAUUAUUUGAUGAGAUGCCAGGAUCACAAAUAAUUAAAAACAUGCAAGUAUUAGAUAAAUGACAGGAGUCUAAUGAACAGAAAGCAAAGCACAGUCCAGCUGAAUACUAAUGUUCUAAUCAGCAGGUUAUAGAAAGACACACUUGGCUACUCUGGUUGAGUGAUGUAUCAACGGAUUAGAAAGAAGACAUCCAAGAUGUUAGGAGACAUAUCCAGCCUCAAUGAAAGUUUAUAAACUUAAGAUCUAUUCAGCAGUUUGUUCAGUGAGGAGAAGGGAAUCAUGGGAGAAAUAACUUGAAGUUCUGACCAGCAUUAUCAUUCUGAUGUCAGUACUGCCAUUUGUCUCGCAGUAGCUAUGUCACACACAUGCCCUACUUUAUGUUCUCAACCUGUGCCAUCAUUUUGUAAACUUAUAGCGGUACUGAAUGGAAGCAGCUGAAAGUCGUGCUUUUCCACACAUGCUUAAUUCAUGUUUUACUCUAGGUGGUUUAGCUGCACUACAAUAAUAUAACUUUCAAACCCUUGUUUCAUGGAAACUGCCAUAUCUGUGAGGACUUGAACUGUAUGGUUUGCUUUUAAAGCCAUCCAAUUUUCCUACGCAGCCUUGCUAGCUCUGUAAAAUUGGGGAAAUUUAAAAAUUUUUCCAAGUUUGGAAAAGCAUGGCGAAAUGAGAAUUCAGAUUACAGAAAGCUUUAAAUGAUACAAAUCUUAAUAUCUGUUAAAUAAAGGGUCCUUUCAGUUUUGUGUGGCACAUCUUAACUUGAGUUUUUGUCCAACUUUUUUGUAAUUUUGGUCAUUGAGUUAUUAGAGAAACAGAGAAGAAAAAACAAAUGUGCACAAAAUUAAAAAGAGUAAUUUCACUUCUAGAUAUUUAUACUUCUGUGUUUAAAUCUGUGCAUAAAUUGCUAUAUUUUAUUAAUUGUAAUCCAGUCAAGAUUUGACAGUAUUAUAGUCCAUAAUUGAUCUGUUUGCCCAAAGGCAAAAAUAAGUCAUAUCUAAAAUAGUAAAAACCAUAUUAAAAUAGAACAUUUUUCUCCAGUAAAAGUAUACUUCCCCACAACCAUAAUGGUCUGGCUGCUAACUGUGAAAGAGCUAACUGUUAGCUUUGUUAUGAAGUGUAUUUUGUUCUUGUCCUUUGACCAUCAGUUGCUAAUUUUCUUAAAGCUUAAAAUUUUUAUUGUAUUUUUGACAAAAAUUUGUUUACAACAAAGAGAUUGUUUUGGGAUGAGAACACUUACUCUCUAUUUCUGCAUGGUUGAAUUUUUGAAGAAAGUAAGAGUGCUCACUCCAUUAUUUUCUGUAGCAUAUAAGUAACCACAAACCUAUUCAACAUAUCUAUUCAUGUUAAAAUCAUAAUUUUAUUUUUGUCAAAACAUUUUGUGUUUGUUCUCUGUUUACAACACCAACCAGCCACACUUUGUGGUUCCAGAUGACAUGUCCAUAUAUGGUAGUUAAUUUCCUGUUUCCUGUUUAACAUUAAAAACAUUCCUUAAAAUAUUUUUGAAAUGGACCAUUUGUUCUCUUAAACUGCCAAUUGCUAAAGCAAUUAUUGAAGAUGAAUAUUUGAGUUUGAAAAUGACUGAGCAAUGUCAGUAUUGCUUUUGUGGUUCAUUUGAUACGUUACUGCCACCUAUCUACCAAGAUUGGAAGAGCAUCCUGAGAAUCUACCUUGACUUUUGACGUGUGAGGAUAGAUGAUUAUUUUUUUAAUUUUUUUUUAUUUGUGAGGUUGGUGAUGUUGUAAUAUCUUGAAGUGUUGCUGUGUUCAGAGAAAGUGUAGAUUUGUUUAGGAGCGUUACACACGUGCCUCGGUUAUAUACUGCGUUUUUAGAACCUGUACGAGUGUGUUUUUAUGUUAACAUGGACAAAACCUGAGUAAAGAGACUGAUGUCCCGUAUUUAUGCAACUACAUGUCAUGAACUCCAGUUUCCCUGUCCUGUUUUAUACAACAAACAUGUAAAACACAGCCAUUCUGGCAAAGUUUGUAAAAAAAAUAAAUAAAUAAAAUAAAUAUUUGUA